CUCGCGACAUCUCCAAUCAUGAAAACUGCGUAACGAAACGCAUGUUCCCCGUACAAAUAUGACAAAACAUAUGUCGUUUUCGUUCUAACGUAUAAACAGUAACUUUAUGUUACACUUGAUAACGUCAAUGUCGAUAAAAACCACAAUAAAAACAAGCCAGUAUCAAGCCGCGCGCCAACGCGAACGCACGCGUUUUAAAAAUAAAAAAUAAAAAUAAACCUUGUCUGUGACCGUUUCGCGGCAAAUGUAAAAAUAGAAGUGUUGUGAUUUCGUAGAGUGCAACAUAGUCCCGAAGUAAUAAAAUUUUAGUGCCAAAAAACAGUUAAAAAAGUCCCUAGAGUGCAAAAAAAUCGAGUGAUCACUGACCAAUCAUAACUAGAUGUACAUAAUGCGAGGGAGAUGUCGUUUUUGAAGCGAGUAAAAGUGCGGGGUUCCAGAGAGCGAGAACCCGAGCUGACGAGGAGCCAGUACUCGCUCGUGUCUCAGGACCUGACCGCGGGCGCGCUGCAGCUGUGGCUCGGGCUACCCGAGGAGGUGAAGUACGACCCGGCGCUAGCGGCCUUCAGGCAGUUCUACGAAAAGGAGACUGCUCAAGAAUCCCUUCCCCUUCGCCCUCGAAGAUCAUCAGCGCCGAAGGUCAAACGGCUUCCAGCAGUCAACUCAGCUCCCCACCUCAACAACAAUGACAGGAUCUCCGAGGAUCCACAGGCGCAGAAUGGAUCCGUCUACUUUACGCAAGAUUAUAAACCUGUGGAAGCUGCGGAGGCAAAUAAUCACUUACUACAUGGACAGAAGAAACCUUCAAAAUGGGAUACAGCCCGUACCUACACCAAGCUGUCUCUCCUGGUGGGUUGCUGGGUGUUCUUCACCGUCGUGUUCUGUCUCUUCAAUGAGAAGGAGGUCAUCGUCAGGAACUGUGUGCUUAUACCUGGACAAGUCAAAGAUUACAUCCUCGAGAUUCCAAAGAGUCACCUAACACUAUUGGUGGACGUAUCAGGCCCGUUCCUGACUCAACAGGAGGAACAGAAACUGAACCUUACGGAGAGGGACUCAAGGUCCAAAGUCGAUGUGUGGGUGGAGAGAUGGGCCGUGAGGGGAGACACGGGCGAUAUUAAAGAAACGGAUAUAGUGGAGAGAGAGAAUUUCUCUCAACCUCACUCGUUCCUAUUUCUUGACCCCAACGAGUUGGAAUUCAGCGAGGCCACGCCGCGGUCGGCUAAAUUCGAACACCGUUCAAAUUUGAAUUCAACGGCCGUUUAUGUUAUCAGAAUGUUGUCAGACUCUGCGUUGGCGGCUCCCAUAUCGUUAAGUUACCAGGACGAUCCGAUAGAUGUCGCCGUUGGCGUCACUUACGCCUGUCUGCUUCUGGUUAUGUUAUAUGCGUUGAUUAUAUUUGAGAUAAUAAACCGUACACUAGCAGCAAUACUGGUGUCGACAUUAUCACUGGCGGUGCUGUCAUUGGCUGGAGAGCGCCCUUCAGUAGAGCAGCUGGUAUCAUGGCUGGAUGUGGAAACCCUGCUGCUGCUGCUGAGUAUGAUGCUGCUGGUCGCCAUCAUGGCGGAGACGGGCAUGUUCGACUUCCUGGCCGUCUUCACUUUCCAGGUAACGAAAGGCAAGAUGUGGCCUCUUAUCAACGUGCUCUGCGCCAUCACAGCCGUGCUCUCUACUUUCCUUGACAACGUCACAACCGUGCUGCUCAUAACGCCCGUCACCAUCAAGCUGUGCGAGGUUAUGGAGAUGCACCCGAUCCCUGUACUGACAGCUAUGGUGCUAUAUAGCAACAUCGGCGGGACGGCCACGCCGGUCGGCGAUCCGCCCAACGUGAUCAUAGCCUCCAACCAGAUCGUCAUACAGUCGGGCAUCAACUUCGCGAACUUCACACUGCACAUGACACUGGGCAUCGUACUGGUGUGUCUACAGACAUACCUACAGCUGCGGUUCAUGUAUCGAGACGUUAGCAAGCUGCGACCGAGCGAGCCGCGGGAGAUACAAGAUCUGAGAAGACAACUAAACGUUUGGCGACGGGCAGCAGACUCGCUUCCUCACAUGAGUAAAGAUGAGCUAGUCGUCAAGGAGCGGUUAGAACGUAAGGUCCAAAAGAUCAGCUCGCAGCUGGCCAUCGCUCUAAAGGAGAGCAACAAGCGUGCGUGCCCUAAAGACACCUUCCAGAGGACCCUCUCCGAGCUCAAGGAAAAGUACAAGAUCCGGGAUAAGAAGCUGCUGAUAAAAUCCUGUGUCGCCAUCGGAUUUGUGGUCAUAAUGUUCUUCCUUCACGCCUUCCCUGAAUUCAAUCGCGUGUCGCUCGGCUGGACAGCUUUACUGGGCGCCAUCUUGCUCCUAAUCCUGGCUGACAGGGAGGAUAUAGAAUCCAUCCUGCACAGGGUGGAGUGGUCUACUUUACUGUUCUUCGCGGCUCUCUUCGUACUUAUGGAGGCGUUGACCAAGCUAGGCCUGAUCGACUACAUCGGCGGGCUGACCGAAGCCCUCAUCAUGGGGGUCCACGAAACCCAUCGUUUGGCGGUCGCCCUUCUCCUCAUACUCUGGAUAUCAGGCGUGACGUCAGCGUUCGUGGACAACAUACCUCUGACGACAAUGAUGGUGCGGGUAGUGACAUCACUGGGCACUAAUCCUGCGCUGGGGCUACCUCUACCGCCUCUCAUAUGGGCGCUGUCAUUCGGAGCCUGCUUGGGAGGUAACGGCACAUUAAUCGGCGCAAGCGCAAACGUGGUGUGCGCCGGGGUGGCGGAGCAGCACGGCUACAAGUUCACCUUUGUGCAGUUCUUCAAAGUCGGCUUCCCUAUCAUGCUCGGACACUUGGUUGUAGCCAGCGGGUAUCUGAUCGUAUGCCAUUGUCUUCUUACGUGGCACUGAGGUCCAGCUUCGAAACCAGGGCUCGGAACCGGUAUUGAAAUACCUGUUAAUAUCGUUCCCAAACCGUUAUAUUAUUUCGUUCUUUAAAAAACCGGUUAAUUGAUGGAACGCAAACUAACAAAUUACGUUCUCUCUCUCCUAACCGGUAAGAAGAGGGAACGGAACUUUAUGGUUCGCAGGGAACGAUAUAAUUCCGGUUACUCUUGGAUUUCAGAGACUCUCGGUUGAACUCGUUGUCAUACGUGAAAGAGAUGAGAAUGUAUAUAGCAUAAACCGUUAUCUCAAAAGAACAGUUCUUUAACCGGUAACCGCAAACGGAAACGAAAUCCUUUUUGUUCCCGGGCGAAUGAACGAAACCAGUUUGACAAAUGAGAACGGUUUCCGAGCCCUGUUCGAAACUCAAAGCCCAGAUCACGGAGCAGGGAGGCCUUGAAGAUCUAACUUUGAAGAUUGGGUUUUUUUUGGUGUGUGUGAGAGUGGCGAGGCAGAACGGUUCUAAAUUCACCUUCGUGAAAUUCUUCAGAGGCGGUUUCCCAAUCAUGAUUGGACACUUAGUCGUAGCCAGCGGGUAUCUGAUCGUAUGUCAUUGUAUUCUUACGUGGCACUGAGGUCCAGCUUCGAAACUCAAAGCCCAGAUGACGAAGCAUCAGGCCUUGAAGAUCUAACUUUGAAGAUUGGGUUUUUUUUUGGUGUGUGUGAGAGUGGCGAGGCAGUCGGUUAUAAAUUCACCUUCGUGCAGUUCUUCAAAGUCGGUUUCCCUAUUAUAUCAUGAUUAUGAUUGGACACUUAGUAGUAGCCAGUAGGUACCUGAUCUUCUUACGUGGCACUGAGGUGUUAGGUCCACCUUCGAAGCUCAAAAUCCCAAAUCACCAUCACCUUUGAAGAUUGGACACUUUUUUUGGUGUCCGUGAGAGUGGCGAGGCUACAAGAGCACUUUCGUGUAGGCCUUUAAAAGUCGGUUUCCCCAUCUGGUGGACUGGAAACUUGGGCCAGCAAUAAUCGAUAGUGUUCGAUUUGUCACUUUUUUCUUACGUCGCACUAGUGACCAAGUCCUUCUGCCGUUGUAGUUUUGCCGCAAAAGACGUCAGCUGACGCGCGCGGCUACAGCCUAAUAUCAACCUUAGUGUCUUGCGAUAAGGUUCACAUUGGCGCGCCGCGCACGUUAAGCGUUAGGAUUCCAACAGUGUGCGGCAUAAUGAUUUUUGUAUGUACAGUCUGACAAAUAAUAAUAGAAAUUAAAAAGUGGCAAUACUGUAGUCGUCCCUUUAAAUCGAUCCCAUCAAAAACAUUACAAGGUAAAAAGAUGCAAGUCUCGCAAUGCAAUUCUUCUACUACAAAAAAGUUUUGAGAUGUAAUGUGAAACCAAAACGGUUAUUUUAGUCAGUGCCAGGGGGUGUUAA